AUGGUUAAAGACGAACAAGUUAAAUUAGUGAUGGCCAUAAUCGACAAAAUGUUGCAUGAUACAUCAAAACCAUGGACGAAUUGGUUCGGAUGGAUGGAGACCCGGACCAACGUACCCAGAUUUAAAUUACUAAUAGGACUUCUGUUGUCAACUUCGGUAAUUCUGUUCGUUUUCGGGCCUAACGCAAUGGUGUUGAGCAACGCAAUAGGGUUGAUAUACCCCGCACAAUUGACGGCGUCAUUAGUGUUUUGGCCUCCAAAGCGGAAAAAUUUUGCUCCCGCCGCCGCCGUUGCCGAAGCCCAAAACAAAAAAUUCACUUACUGGCUGAUGUUCAGUGCGCUGUUGAUCGUGGAACAGGUCUGCGGAUUCGUCUUAUUUCUAUUUCCGUGGUACAUGCUGUUAAGAACAUUUUUCUUGAUGUGGUGUUCCGCACCAAUCCGAAACAACGGUGCGACUCUUAUAUUCAACAAGGUCAUAUACAAACUCUUAAAGAUCGGAAAGAAUGUUCUAACUCAAUGGUUCUUAAAAUGUGAUCCUUGA